CGGGCCGGGGCCGCUGCACGCCGAGGGCGGAGGCCGAUUCGGGGCCCCCGCCGCCCGCGCCCCGCCGCCUCGCCGCGCCCACCCCGCUCGGAGCCGAGGGCCCGAGGAUGAGUUCCGCGGGGUCCGGGUGAUAGGAGAAAGCAGUGGAAGUUGGAGUCACUGUCAAGUGAUUGAGACCUUUUACAACAAAAUCCCAUUGAAUAAUCUCAGUUUAAUCUGUAACAUAACAAGACCAGUUAUUAAAGGUGACAGUGAACAGGAAACAUUAAAAUUGAACAAUGACUCAUCUGUAUAUUUACAUCAGAUUAUUGGGAGCCUAUUUGUUCAUCAUUUCACACGUUCAAGGGCAGAAUCUAGACAGAGUUCUCCAUGGUACUGGAAUGAAAUCAGACUCUGACCAGAAAAAGUCAGAAAAUGGAGUAACCUUAGCACCAGAGGAUACUUUGCCUUUUUUAAAGUGUUACUGCUCAGGACACUGCCCGGAUGAUGCUAUUAAUAACACAUGCAUAACUAAUGGACAUUGUUUUGCCAUCAUAGAAGAAGAUGACCAGGGAGAAACCACAUUAGCUUCAGGGUGUAUGAAAUAUGAAGGAUCUGAUUUCCAGUGCAAAGAUUCACCCAAAGCUCAACUACGCCGGACAAUAGAAUGUUGUCGGACCAAUUUAUGUAACCAAUAUUUACAACCUACACUGCCCCCUGCUGUAGAUCCAUUUUUCAAUGGCAGCAUUCGGUGGCUGGUUGUGUUCACGUCAAUGGCCAUUUGCAUAAUUGCUAUGAUCAUCUUCUCCAGCUGCUUUUGCUACAAACAUUAUUGCAAGAGCAUUUCAAGCAGAGGUCGUUAUAAUCGUGAUUUGGAACAGGAUGAAGCAUUUAUCCCAGUUGGAGAAUCAUUAAAAGAUCUUAUUGACCAGUCACAAAGUUCUGGAAGUGGAUCAGGAUUGCCUUUACUGGUUCAGCGAACAAUUGCCAAACAGAUUCAGAUGGUUCGGCAAGUUGGUAAAGGCCGAUAUGGUGAAGUGUGGAUGGGCAAAUGGCGUGGUGAAAAAGUGGCAGUCAAAGUGUUUUUUACCACUGAAGAAGCUAGUUGGUUUCGAGAAACAGAAAUCUAUCAAACUGUGCUAAUGCGCCAUGAAAAUAUACUUGGUUUUAUAGCAGCGGACAUUAAAGGUACAGGCUCCUGGACACAACUCUAUCUGAUUACUGAUUACCAUGAAAAUGGGUCUCUCUAUGACUUCCUGAAAUGUGCUACACUAGAUACCAGAGCCCUGCUUAAGUUGGCUUAUUCAGCUGCCUGUGGUCUGUGCCACCUCCACACAGAAAUUUAUGGCACCCAAGGAAAGCCUGCAAUUGCUCAUCGAGACCUAAAGAGCAAAAACAUUCUUAUCAAGAAAAAUGGGAGUUGCUGUAUUGCCGACCUGGGCCUUGCAGUUAAAUUCAAUAGUGAUACAAAUGAAGUUGAUGUACCCUUGAAUACCAGGGUGGGUACCAAACGCUACAUGGCUCCAGAAGUGCUGGAUGAAAGCCUGAAUAAAAAUCAUUUCCAACCCUACAUAAUGGCUGACAUUUAUAGCUUUGGCCUGAUCAUCUGGGAAAUGGCUCGUCGUUGUAUCACAGGGGGAAUAGUAGAAGAAUACCAGUUGCCAUAUUACAACAUGGUACCUAAUGAUCCGUCAUAUGAAGAUAUGCGUGAGGUUGUGUGUGUCAAACGUUUGCGGCCAAUUGUGUCUAAUCGGUGGAAUAGUGAUGAAUGCCUACGAGCAGUUCUAAAGCUAAUGUCAGAGUGCUGGGCUCAUAACCCAGCCUCCAGACUUACAGCUCUGAGGAUUAAGAAGACACUUGCCAAGAUGGUUGAAUCCCAAGAUGUAAAGAUUUGAGAGUUACACAGUCAUGAAGAGAAAUUCUCAACUACAAAAACUAUUCACCGAAGAAACAGGUGGAAUCGGAAUAGAAUAAGUAUGUAGACUUGGUUCUCAGACUCUUUCCUCACUACACCUUCACAGGCUGCUAAUAUUAAACCUUUCAGUACUCUGUAGAAUACAAGCUGGGAAUUUCUGAACACUGCAUUCUUUACAUAUGGACAGUUUUAUUUUAAAUAUUUUUGAUGCCUUUUUUUUUUAAUGGAUUUUUAUGAAUUGCAUCAAGACUUCAAUUCUGAUUAAGUCUCCAGUCAUACUCUGGGUACUGAAUUAGCUGUUUAUAAGUUGGUGCUUUCUGUGAAAGCCUUCAGAAGAUAAAAGAAUUCAGCAGAGAUGGAGGAAAUAUACACUUUUGCUGCCUUCUACCUAAGAAAACUCAACCUGUUUGUAUUCUACCUUUGUAAACAGCCUAUGGAUUAUGAUCUGUUUGGAUUACUGCUUCGCUUGUCAUACCUUGAUAAUGGUGUGUGUGCAUACACACUAAUGUUCCUCUGCUGCCAUCUGAAUUCAAAGAACAUAAUUUAUGAAAUUACAGGAAGAUAUUGGUGGCUGUUGGUUUUGCGCAUUUAGCAUACAUUAUCUGGCCAAGUUUCGCCAAUUACAUAAAAGCCAUUUAACCUACGAGUGAGGUAGCUUCUCUACCAAGUUUAUUUUUUAACAUAGAAGUUGAUAAAAAGGCCAAAAGAAGUUCAAAGUAUCUGUAAAUUGGGAUUGUUUCCCUCCACUAAUACGUAUGUAUAUAUACAUUCAUCCUCUCUAAAGUCGGAACUCCAAUGCCAUGAACCCCUAAAGAAAACACUUCUUAUUGAAGUGCAUUACUAAUUAUUAUAUUUGAUAGCAAUGUAAGUGCCUAUAACCAUAUUCUGUAUUCUUUAUUCUCAGUAACUUUAAAAAGGGAAGUUAUUUAUAUUUGUGUGUAAUGUGCUUUGUUUGCAAAACACUUGCUCCUUUACAAGCAUAUUUUUAUAUGUACAUACAUCUAUACUGUAGAAACCAGCUCACAUGUACCUCACAUCCCAUCCUUAAGGGAAAAAAAUUAAAAGUUCAUCAAAGAAAUGUUACAAAGUAGAACUUCAGAUGAAUUUUCAGGACUAAUGUAUCCAGCUUAGUAUAUAUAAAAUCUGAGAUUUUGUUAACUCCAAGCAAAGACCUUCAGUAAGAUAUCUUGGUUUUCCUUUGUGAAAGGAUUCUCUUAAAUUUAAAAAUUCUUUUUAAAUUUCAGAACUAAUAAAUAUUUUUAUUAAUAGCUGUUUAAAACAUUUAAAUCAUUUGAGAUUCUGGGAUAUAUGAUUUUUCUAAAACAUCCAGUAUCUAGCCAUCUAUACUGUAUAACUUUCACUCAAUAAAACACAACAUUUUAUAGAUGCCUUGUUAUCCCAAAGAAUAAUUCUGACUUACAUAGGCCUAAUAUACUUCUAUUAUGCCUUUUAAUUAUUAAUGUCUUAUUAAGGAUUCCUGAGUUCAUUGAGUAUGAAACAGUUUUCUUUGAAUAUAACAUAAAAUAAACUGUGAUUAUAUCACAACAUAAUAAAAAAACUUGAAACUUGAAAGGAGAAUCUGAUUAGCGUUUCAGAAUAGAGUUCUUAUAUUAUUUCACAAAUUUGAUUUGAAAUGUUCAUCAAGAUAAGCAAAUUUACAGAUUGCUAAUACUCAGUAACUUUUUCAGAAUGUCUUCCUCAUUGCCCUGAGAAAUGCAAAUAUUUUAAUCAAAUUAUCAUGUGACUUCUUAAGGACACUAGUAAGUCCUGUGAUCUACUUGGUCUAAAGUUAAUGACUUCAUUUUUUAUUUAAUAAACUAUAACUCUUGGAAAUCAUCUGCCAUGUUAAUAACAAAAGAAAAUAUGUAUGAAAGACAAGUUUAGUUCUUAAAAAUGGUAUGUGUAAGCAACAAAUUACAGAUACUGUACAGGCCACUGUAGUAAAAAAAACUUAAAUCUGUUUAAAGGGAUACAAAAAAUUAACCUUGAAAACUUGUUCAGUAAAAUGUUUUCUAUUAUAAGGAUCCCGGUUCGAACCCCGGCUCCCCACCUGCAGGGGAGUCGCUUCACAGGCGGUGAAGCAGGUCUGCAGGUGUCUAUCUUUCUCUCCCCCUCUCUGUCUUCCCCUCCUCUCUCUGUUUCUCUCUGUCCUAUCCAACAAUGACGACAAUAAUAACUACAACAAUAAAACAACAAGGGCAACAAAAGGGAAUAAAUAAAUAAAAUAAAAAUGUUUUCUAUUAUGUGUUCUCUUAACAGGUAAUGCCAUGUGUGUGAAAAUCUAGAGUGAAAAAAAUAAUUCUUUAAAAGAUUUAUUUAUGAACACAAGGGAGAGAACCAGAUCAUCACUCUGGUGUAUAUGAUGCCAGAGAUCAAACUCAAGACCUCAUGCUAUACAUUCAGCACUCUAGCCACUGUGCCACUUCCUUGGCAAUGAAAUUUAUUUUCUUCUCUCCUUCCUUCUCUUUUCUCCUCUGUCAUUCUUUCUUUCUCUGUUACUGUAAAAUUUCAAAGUUUAUCCAUUAAGUAAAAUACUCAAAAAGAGGGUAAUGUACUGUACUAUAGUGAGUACUUCAUGGAAUUCUAAAGACUGGAAAAAUGGCUUAUUUGUAUAGUGUACCUGGUCUGCCAUACAUGUGCCCCAGGUAUGAGCCCAGCCCCCAGGAGGAAACUUCAGUGCUACGAUGUCUUUCCCUUGGUCUCUCUUUUUUUUUAUCUGAAAAAGUCAGACUGAAGUGAUGAAGCACUAGCAAUGGCGGGGAGGCAGGGGUUGUAAAAUUCUAAGAAGUUACCAUUUGAUCUCACAGUUUAAUCUUUUAAAAGCAUGCAUGUGACUUCUGUUAGUCAUCCCAUUAUAACUAAAACAUAGAAUUUUAAAAAGCAAAUCAAUCUGUAAAGAAAUAGCAAGUUAACCAAUAAGAAAAAUUCUUAUGAGGAGUUGGGGGGGGGGUAGCGCAGCGGGUUAAGCAUAGGUGGUGCAAAGUGCAAGGACUGGCAUAAGGGUACGGGUUCGAGCCCCUGGCUCCCCACCUGCAGGGGAGUCGCUUCACAAGUGGUGAAGCAGGUCUGUCCAUCUUUCUCUACUCCUCUCUGUCUUUCCCUCCUCUCUUCAGUUCUCUGUCCUAUCCAACAACAAAGAUAUCAAUAAUGACUACAACAACAAUAAGAAAAAAUAAGGCAACAAAACAGAAUAAAUUAAUUUAAAAAGAAAAAUUCUUAUAAAUUAUUUUAAUGCUAGUUAAAAGUUUUCAGAAAUGAAAGAUUCAGUGUUUUUCAGUUAGUUACUUUUGCUUUCUUACUGAACAAGUUUCCAAGGUAUGAUACUUGAUAUUUCUCAAGAAAUUGUCUUCACAAAAGAUACUUUAAUUAACUAUGUAGUUUGCCAUUUCAAUAUCUAGAAGUAUUUCUAAACAUAGAAAAUGAUCCUUAGUUUUUGAGAAUUGUUUUUCUAGAACUUGCCACAUACUUCUUCACUCUUAAAUUAUUUAGUCUUUUUUCUUCAACAUUUUGCUUCUUUUUGUAGCAAAAAUGCAAUACUGUUUUUAAAGAAUAUUGAAUCUCUAAAUUGGCCCAAGAUCAAAUUUUAUAUGCAAGGCUUUUUCCAAGAAAGAUUUUAUAAAUUAAGCUUCUUGUUUUUCUUUUCUGUUUCUUUUUUCUUUUGGGACCAGAGCACUGCUCAGCUCUGGGUUGUGGUGCAGGGGUAUUGAACCUCAAACUCAAGAAUGAGAGUCUCUGCAUAGCCAUUAUUCUAUCUACCCCUGCCUCUUUUCAUGUUGUUUUGGUACUUUUUUUUUUUGGGGGGGGGGUUGUGGUAUCAGCACUUGAGCCUGGCAAGUUGUGCAUUAUAGCCAGUGGACUCUCUCCUGACCCCAUACUCUCUCUCUCUCUCUCUCUCCCCUCCCCCCCCCCUUUUUUUUUUACCAGAGCACUGCUCAGCUCUGGUUUAAGGUGGUGCAGGGGAUUGAACCUGGGACUUUGGAGCCUCAGGCAUGAGCUUCUCUUUGCAUAACCAUUAUGCUAUUAACCCCCACCCCCCAUACUCUUUAUUUUGAAAUGUUUCUAAAUAUCUCAAGUUUCAACAGCUGAAUACUAAUUUUUUAAUCACAGCUCUUGAUUAAUUAAAAGUGGUAAUAUUUAUGAUUUGCUUGGGCGAGAUACUAAAAAAUAGUGUGGCAGCAGUUCAUCUUGCCUCAGUUUUGUUACAAGAGUCACAGUAAAAGCUGCAGAGAGCUGACAUAUUCAUAAAAAAUUUAAGUCUAGGGCAGCCUCAUGUAGUGAUCAUCCCAUAAGGAAAGUAUGUGAAUAAUGCUUUUGCUGAGGACUAAAUGUUGUAAUUUUAGCUUGUGCUCUGUACUGUGCUUUCAUUGGAGUUAUUUAAGCCCUUUCAAAUGACUGUUGUCCUUGCCCCUUUAAAAACUAAAAUGUAGUAAAUAUUGUAUAAAAUGAAAAUGUCAUUAUACCUAAAGUAGAACUUGUAUAUAGCCAUUAAAAGAAGGGUUAAAAAGAGCAGUUUUAUUAUGACAGUUGUAAAACACCAAAAUAUAGAUUCAUCUUUGAUAUGUAAUACACUAAAUGUAUUUUGUACAGCAUCUGGUUUAAAAGGUGCCUUAUUGAGUUUACCAUUAAUUGCUUUGUUCUAUAUAGAGAUUAUGUUCAUUGUAUCAUUUUUAAGUAAAUAACCUUAUUUUAGUAUA